GAGAGGGAGAGGGAGAACAAUAAUCAGAUGAACGCGUCAACCAUGGGAGUCGAGUGAAAACAAGAAUCAGAACAGGUCUUUGAUCUGCUUCCAUGUACUAAGCGACCCCACUACGUAAAUAUCUACCCACCCACCAUCAUUUAAAAUCGUUUAAACUCGCUCUUGGCCUGCAACUGUUCUCUCGCUUGUGUCCAAGGCCUCUGUUCCUCUUCUGAUAAUUCCAGAGCUUCCUUCUUCUCCUUUCUCAUAACAAAAUUGUACCAUCGAGUUGAUAUCGGCGAAACAAUUGGUGGGUCUCGUUUCAAACUUUCAUUUUGAUUAAGUAUACGAGCUUCAGUAAGUAUUCUCUUCAUAUUGUAAUCUCAAACUACUUGCUUCUAUCGAUUCUAUUGGGAGUUGAGUUGGGUUUGACUCUGCUGAGAAUUGGGUUCCAAAGAUGAAAGUUAAGUUGGAUUUAACUCAUGUUUAAUUGGUUUUUGAGCUACUUCAGAGUAAAAGAAGCAUCAAAUUUCUCUAUGUCCAGGAACUUUUUCACCCCAUAUGAAAGGAACAGGCAACAUGCUCUGAAUUGGGUUCAGAGGUGGAACACUUAGUGGGUAAUAUCAAAUCCAAAACUGAAACUUCUUAAUGGGUUUUCUGACUUCAUCGUGACAAUUGUGGCCUCUGACUCUAUCAACGGGGGAAGAAACCCAUUACCCACUAUAUCAUAUUCUCACUUUAUAACAAUAAUCAGAGUCUGAGGUAUGAUUCAAGGUAAGCUUGAAGUUGCACCUUCUCCCUCCUUCACUGAUGUUCUGUCAAGACUAAUAGAGUUAAUUGAUGAGAUUGCUUUAGUCACAGAGGACUCUGUGAUUGGACCAAAGAUAUUAUCUGAUUUUGCUGCUUAUCUGAAGAAGAUUAUUCCCAUAUUAGUGGAACUAAAGGAUGAUAAAGAAAUGGAUACACAACCUAUACGAAAGGCUCUUGAAUCCCUUGAGAAAGACCUUAAAAAGGCUCAAGGAUUGGCCAUAUUAUGUAAGUCGGGAAGCCGAUUCUACUUAUGGUUUAAUUUCUCAGCCAUUGUUAACCAGCUUAAGGACUUAACACAUGAUCUCGGCCGAUGUUUAAGCCUAAUAUUAAUGGCUUCUCUUGACGUUUCGAAUGAAAUCAAGAAUAAGAUUGGAAAUUCACACAAGGAAAUGCUGAAUGCUAAAUUUAAUCAAUUAUUUGAUGACAAAGAAUUCAUUGAAGAGAUGAUAGAAGGAAUCAAGUCUGGAAGGUUCAACAAAAUCGAUGCCGAGGAGUUCUUAGUCACCAUAGCCCAGGAUGUGGAUGUUUUGCCUGAACCUGCAAUGCUUAGGCAAGAGAUAGAAAACCUUAAGAAAAAUGCAGAUGCACCAGUCCAUAAGGGCCAGAUAGAAGCAAUGGAUCUCCGUAGAAUAAUUGAAUUUCUAGAACAGGCUGACUUAUUAAAGGAUAAAAAUUUCAAUAGCUUAGGCAGUCCCGACAGGAACUCCACUGUGUCACUGCAUUCUAGUGAUGGGUUGCAGGAGAAAAAGUUUCAUGGAGGAUUGGAUGAAAUUUUCCUGAUCAUCCGCGAUGGUAGAAAUGAGGAUUUAAGCUUAGCCCUGUCUGAAUUACACAAACUAAUUGAAGGAAGUUUGUUAGAUGAAGAAAGAGUAAGAGUCGAAGACCUCAUUCCUAUUCUAGCAAAACGUUUGAGUUCUAAGAAGCAAGACAUCAGGAAAAUGAUCCUAGUGAUCCUGAGAAUUCUUGUGUCCAAGAAUGAUGAUAAUAAGGAAAGGCUUGCAGAUGAUGGGGCAUUGACCUUAGUGGUGCGCUCAUUGACGCGAGAUGCAGAAGAGAGAAGGGAAGCAGUUGGGCUUCUUUUGGAGUUAUCCGACGUUUCAAGAGUUCGUCAAAGGAUCGGCAGAGUCCAGGGUUGCAUUUUGUUGGUGGUUGCCAUGUUGAACAGUGAUGACCCUUGUGCAGUCCUUGAUACUAAGAGGCUCCUUGAUAUCUUAUCAAGCAACACUCAGCAUGUGCUUCAUAUGGCUGAGGCGAAUUACUUCAAGCCACUUGUGCAGUGCCUCCGUGAAGGAUCUGAUAUGAAUAGGGUUCUUAUGGCUACUGCCAUUUCUAGAAUGGAACUCACCAAUCAAAGCAAAGCUGCUCUCGGAGAAGAAGGCUCCAUUGAACCACUUGUCAAACUGUUCAUUUCAGGUAAGCUCGAAGCGAAGCUGGCAGCGUUAGGAGCUUUACAGAACCUAUCAACCUUGACCUCAAAUGCUCGUCGCCUUAUUGACUCGGCCAUUGUGGGACCUAUCCUCCAACUUCUAUUCUCUGUCACAUCUGUUCUUAUGACUCUCCGAGAGCCUGCAGCUGCAAUACUUGCAAACAUUUCAGAAUCCGAACAAGUUCUCACUAACCACCACGUGACAGAGCAAAUUCUCUCUCUAUUAAGUUUGUCGAGCCCUACAGUCCAAUAUCACUUAUUUCGAGCUCUAACCAACAUAACCAGCCAUCCCAGUGCUUCCAAGCUGAGGUCCAAGAUGAGGGAAAACGGUGCUCUCCAACUUCUCAUGCCUUUCUUAACUGCAAGUGACACUAAAAUCAAAACAGGUGGCUUGAACUUACUAUACUUUCUUUCUCUAGAUUCAGCAGAAGAGCUAAAUAAUCAACUAGGCGAGGGGAACCUCAAAACCAUAGUGAAUAUCGCAUUGGUAUCUGGUUGUGUGGAUGAAAAGGCUGCAGCUCUUGGUAUAGUGAGUAAUAUACCCAUCACAGAUAGAAAAGCAACCGAUGUGUUAGUAAAGGCUCACCUUCUUCCCUAUAUGAUUACUUUAAUUAAGACCGAGUCAAUGAAUACUCUCUUGGUCGAAAGAGCAGUGAGCACUCUAGUUCGAUUCACCGUCCCUUGGGAUAAAAAGCUACAGAGAGAAGCAGCUAAGCUAGGAGCCAUUCCUUUACUUGUGAAGGUUCUCUCAAGUGGAUCUUGUGUGGCCAAGGCAAGAGCUGCAACGGCAUUAGCGCAAUUAUCACAAAACUCUCUCUCCUUGAGUAAUUCUAAGGCAAACAUGUGGUCAUGUAUUGGAUCCUCCUCAAUAGAGAGGGAAUGUAAAGUUCAUGGUGGUACAUGUUCAGUCAAGGGAUCAUUGUGCCUUAUCAAGGCCGGUGCAAUCCCUCUUCUUGUUCGGGUUUUGGAAGGUAGAGAAAGAGAAGCUGAUGAGGCUGUUCUUGGGGCUCUGUCUACUCUUUUACAGGACAAAACAUGGGAAAAAGGGUGCCAGACCAUAGCCGAAGCUUCAGGGGUGCAACCCAUUAUAGAGAUUUUGAGAGUGGGAAGUUUGAAAGCUCAAGAGAAAGCUGUCUGGAUAUUAGAGAGAAUUUUCAGGAUCGAAGAGUAUCGAGUGGAGUACGGUGAUCCUGUUCAGGUUCUUUUCAUUGAUCUUGCACAAAAGGGCGAUCCAGCGAUGAAAUCAUUGACUGCCAAGAUCUUGGCUCAUCUCGAGCUUUUACAGAACCAAUCAAGCUACUUCUGAUUGUAACAACUGCAUUUUAAUUCCUUUCUAGUGUCUGUUUGCUUCUUGUUUUUGUUUGGGAAAUGCCUGCUAUACCAUAAUCAAGAACCAUCUGGCAAACUGUAUUAUUUAGGGUCAUCACCACCCAUUGAAAUGAUGGACGGCAACGACACUGGAUCUCAACAAGAUGAUGCAUGACCCAAAUGGAAUUCCCCUCUCCCUCUUCAUCCCUCUCCAUAAUUGCAAUGACGAUGGUGACCCUAAGAACUAUGUGUUCAUGGUGGUCUUUAGGAUUAUGGUAAACCUUUUGUUAGUCCAAAUGCUGAAUUGUAACUCUUGCUUCCAUGCAUAGAGGAAAUGGUUUAUAUAUUGUUACUUAUAAGCAAGGCUGAGCAACCAUCGGUCUUCAUUAAAA